AUGACGACGGGGUCGAGUGAGUUUCAACCAGCAGCAGCUGGUGUCGACGCGCCAGCUGAUGGUGGUGGAACUCCAUCACCACUGGCAACUUCCACAACAACAGCAAACGCGUCUGAUGCAGUAGCAGCAACAGAAAAUGCUGGUGGAAAACCAUAUCCUCAAGAAAGACGCAGCAAGAGUCGGAGAGAAAGCCACCGUCAUCCAAGAAAGUCUGGAACGGACGGAGGGGAUGAGCAAAAUCAUCAUCAUCAACAUCAUCAUCAUUCUGGUGGCGAUGGUAAGGAGGAUCAUAUUGAAAACUCUGGUGAACUCACCCUUCCCACAAGAGGCGGCGAGGAGACGCGAAAGAGCUCUUCUUCGGCUCGUCCUAAUUAUUCCAAGAGUGGUAGUAGUAGACGGUCUAGUCGACGUCAUCAGCACACCAAAGAGGAGGGAAAUCCAAACACAGAUGUCUUUCUUCCUCUCAAGGAUGCUACCGAUGGUGAAGAUGCAGAAACCAAGCCACGAAGUCGGAGCCGCACACGUCACAAGUCACGAUCCGAUGAUAACAACAACAGCGGUGAACUCAAGCUGCCAUCGAACGAUGGGAAUACAAGUGGUGGUGACGAACGAACUCGUAGACGUAGUCGCAGUGGCUCCUCUCGCCAUCGGAGAACUGUGGGAGAAGAAGAUGAAGCUACACCAGCCACGACAAUGGUACCUCUAAAGGACAAGAGUGGUGGCGGUGGCGAUAAUGAAGACUCUCGUCGGCGUAAUCGCAGUCAUACACGCCAUCGCAGCAGAAGCAGACCCCCGGUGGACAAUGACGAUGGUCAUGAAGCCGAUAGAAGUGGUGAAUUGGGCGAUCGUCAUUCUGGAAGACGUCGAUCGAGAAGAGACAGUCGACGCCGCUCAUCACCUCACGGGACACGCAAAAGGAGUAGUAGCAAACGGAGAAAAGAUAGCAACAACAAGAGAAAGAGCAAGAGUCGCAAGUCCAAACGUCAACGAGCCAAGGACUUUAUUUCCUCGUCAGCGUCCUUGUUUUCACGAUCGGCCCGAUCGGCCACCUCUCGUGAAAAACGAAGAACGGCUCCAAUGACGGCUCCUGCACCAUUAUUUGGAGGAGUUCCCGACGAAUACUAUACGGACGAUGAUACGAUUGCCAGCAAUCAAAAGCAGGAUGAUAAACAACGCACUCGUGAUGCUAUGGCUCCUGCUCCCAAGCCUUCUUGUUGGGUUCAAGCAUGGCAGAAACGAUGGUUUCGUGUAGUGUUGGCAUUGGUUGGAAUCGGAUUGGCCAUUCUCAUUACAUAUUUGGUCAUGAAGUUCACUGGACUUGGCAUGGAAGACGAAAGCACGGAUAAUGAAACGCAAGGCAACAAUGGUGGAAAGGAUAUACAAUCCAUUCCAAUUUCGCCCAGUCCAACUCCUGCCUUGACCGAGGCAGCAUCCUUGGUUCCAACCGCAGAGGUGACACCGUUGUACAAGUAUCCACCUCCGAAUGAUGCCAUCUGCCGAGCCUUUAUCACUGGUCGUCCUUCUGGAUUGAUACCGGGUGAUGUUGGCUUUCUUGGUCCAGGCUCCAUUACCCUCGAUUUUGACUUUAACUUUGAUGUGGUCCUAUCAAGAAUGACUUCUGCUCAAGAAGAAAAAUGGCUCGAAGACUUUCAGGAUCAAAUCAUGGUAUCCUUACUGCCUCUUUUGGUCGGGUGUUUGGAAGAUUCGACGUCUAAUCGUCGUCUCAAGUUGGAUGCCUUGCCUAGUCUGCUCCGGCGCUCCGAGGGAAAGAGUGACAUGACGCUAGUUCAGAGUACUACGACUGGCCAUUCUCGCGAGCUCCAAGACAGCAAUCAGAGUGAAAUUCGGUAUGUGAUUCAGAAUGCCAAAGUGAUUGACACUGUAGCAUCCAAGUCACCAUGCCCAAACAACCCAAGGCAGAAUCCUGCCGACGAUCCAUCUUGCUACCUUGUUACUGUCAUCAUGGAACUCUCACUGAGGGGCGAAGAACGAAUCUUCCCUGUGCUUUCCCUUCUGGCAAAUAUUCUUGGUGAGUUUGCCGAAGUCGACGAGGAUGGGGCAUCGGGAGGUGGUGGCAACACUUUAUCGUCAACGCUUGUUGAAAAGGUUGGUCUUUCCACCUCUCUCUUUCAGUCGCUAUCCGUGGUCGGUGUCCAGAAUCGAGAUCCAACCAACUCGCCGAGUAUAUCUCCAAGUUUGGCUCCUUCUGCGAGUCCAAGUUCCAUGCCGACUCCCAAACCCUCUCAAUCCCCUACCAUCUCACCAUCGGAAAGUCCAUCUACCACCCCCUCGACAUCCCCUACAGAUCGACCGACUGGACGUCCUACUCCAGUACCUACGAGGACUCCAACAAAGAGUCCUACGGAUCCUCCUUCAAGAUUGCCAUCAUCAUCUCCCAGUCGGCUUCCAUCCAAUGCUCCUAGUCGAUUGCCUUCUGUGCUGCCAUCAAUGGUACCAUCCGGUGCUCCAACCAAGAGCGUGCCGCCGACCAAGUCAAUGGUACCAUCUAGUGGUCCAACUGACUCCUUGGCACCAUCCAGUGGCCCUUCUGCGACACCUGUUUAG